AUGGACAGCAACGAAGAGGUCACCUGGGAAUUACUCAGAGAACGCAGCCUGCGACCUGGAGGUUUUGGCGUAGACAGGGUUAGGAUAUGGCCCGCUCUGCUUGGCGUACAGCCUCUCUCUGACCCUCCCCCGUAUUCCGAGGUAGAAAGGACUCCGAAGCCUUCGAGUGCAUCAUCGGGCCAUUCCGGCUAUGGUUAUGAGAACGCAGACCCCCACCCGGACGAACGCCAGAUCAAAUUAGAUACCGACCGUAGCUUCGUUCUUUACCCCAUAGAACCUGGUUCGCCGUCUCGCGAAGCUCUCCAACACAAUCUCAAUACCCUCUUGGUCUCCUUGUUUCGGAAACGCCGUUCGCUGCAUUACUUCCAAGGGUUUCAUGAUAUAGUUUCCGUUAUUUUCCUUACUCUGCCCAGGCCACUCCACAUGCCUUGUGUGGAGAAGAUGGCGUUGCACAGAGUGAGGGAUGCAAUGGGCAUUGGACUAGAGCCCGUGGUCGGAUUGUUGAGGAUUUUACGGAAUCUGCUUCGACUUGUGGACCCAGCGUAUGCCGAGCUCUUGGAAAAUACAUCUCCUCUACCAUACCACGCGCUUUCAAAUCUACUCACUCUAUUUUCUCAUGAUGUUCCGACUCUUCCUCUGAUACAACACGUGUGGGACUUCUUACUCGUCCGUGAACCUGUGGCUGUGGUGUGGUUAGCUGCCGCUGUCAUCCUCUAUCGAAAGCCAUCCAUCCAAUUACUUGUCGAUCAGGAUGAGGAAGGGAUGAUACAUUCGCUACUCUGUGCACUGCCAGGACUGGCUGACGGCGAGCCAAGACUUCCGCUGGACGGACCUGUUCAUGAAAGAACGGAGAUCUUGGAUGAUGAUGUCAAAGGACUUUUCGAUGACCAAGGAUCUAGUGAUGACCCGUCUGCGGUACCUGUGCUGAGUGACAAGAUGCAUCAGGAGCUUAACGAGCAAACGGACGCGGCGGAGUUAUGUACCAGAGGAGGUCCCUCACACCCAGUCGUUUCGAAUGUGUACAUGUUCGACGACGCCCGGGGCCUCCCAAAAGCAGAGGAUGAUGUCCCUGGGUCUGAACACGUACUGGGAGACGCCCUGAACGGUGCCCAUAUACCCUCGGACGUGGAUGCGGCUUUCGGCUCGGGUAAAAUUGACAUUGCAACUACCGGUUCCUCCCCCCUGGAUCUUGAACUCGGGGUCGUUAUCAACGAGACGGAUAGUGCUUGCUGCCGACCUAGAACACCCCAUGGGAAGAGCGGGGGGGAUAUUAUUGCUCUCGCAUCUUCUUCGGGUGUUGUCUCGCCGGUGUUACGUUCUCCAUGUGGUUUCACUCCCAGCCCUGCAGCGGAUACACCAUCGGACACUGUUGCGGUAGGUGCUUCGGGAACUAGACCAGGGUCGACGGUCCCAUAUCCUCAUCGGCCGACUCGCUCUUCAACACCUUCCCCCCUCGUCGUAUCGUCCACAUUCCCGUCACAUGACCCAGAACAAUUAACUACGCUACCUUCUGAAAGGACGCAACCCUUCACUUCCUCUCACCAAGCGAAGCCGUCUCGUCAGAGAAAACCUGCCCCUCUUCCUCUGCAUCAGCUCCUUCACGAAGCUGACAUACUUCUCACCGCCUAUCCCCCAUCUCUCCCUAACCUCGCCGUAUACGAGAUAAUGGGAAGAGAUAGUGUAGUGCGAACGUGGCACGCACCAACGAUUACGAUGCCGCGGGACAGGCCGGAGGACAAGUGGGAGUCCGAUGACUACUUGGAGACUCUUCUUAACUCCCAGGACAUAGUCGUUCCUUCACCGCCCCCUUCACCCAUUCUUCGACCGCGCACCCCUAACAAGAAAAAAGAUUCCGCGAUUCGGAGGUACAAGGCCAGAUAUGGCUUGACUCUGCGCAGGGUUGGGCUUCCACUAGGCUCCCUCACCCCAUAUGAACGGCAUCUCCUGUUGGCGGGGGCUCUGCUUGUUGUCGGGAUCGCAAUUGCUGUCAAAUCUAACAGGGUGCCCAAAGUCGAUGGGCUGAAAGCCCUUUGGCAGCGCCAGUGGAUGCUUGUUUCGCCGAUAUGGACGAUCUGGAACAGAGCGCCAUGUCAAGCUGGGGAUAGCCGCUAG